AUGUCGUCAUCCGAUGCGGGAGUUGUCGACGUUGGGGGUGACCCUCCAAAGCAGCCCUCCAAGUGGAGUAAGAGCAGAGACAUGCGAAUCACGAGAGAAUCUGCUUCCUUGGAGGACCGCUUUACGCUGCUGGAGGACAUAAUAUCAAAAAUGGGUGAUAGGUACACCGAAAUGGCUGAUUCCUUUAACUAUUUUAUUGAAGAUCGAAAGAACCUGAUCGAGGAGCUCGUUGCUCAAGUUGAUGAGGCUGAGGACCUCAAGACCAGAGUGACGAUCCUUGAAAAAGCGGUGGCACGUGGGCAUGAACCCCAAAGAGAGUCCGCUUCGAAGGUAUGUGUCCCUGAGCCUCAAAAUUUCAGGGGUACCCACGACGAGAAGGAGAUCGACAAUUUUCUUUGGCACAUGGAGCAUUACUUCAAGGCGUUGCGGCUGAACGACAAGGCGGAGAAAGUCCAGGCUGCAUCAAUGUACCUUGCUGACGACGCGAUGCUGUGGUGGCGUCGGCGUUUUGUAGAGGCCGAGAAGGGCCAAUGCAACCUGAAGACGUGGGAGGACUUUGUGCGCGAGCUCAAGGCGCAGUUCUACCCCGAGCAUGUCGAGUAUCUUGCGAGGAAGAAACUACGACGGCUCAAACACACCGGGACACUCAAAGAGUAUGUCAAGGAAUACUCCAAGUUGAUGAUGUCCAUCACCAGCAUGGCUGAAGAAGAUCGCUUAUUCUUCUUCCUCGACGGGCUCCAACCUUGGGCGAACAAGGAGCUUGUGGGGCGCGAUGUCAAGGACGUGGCCUCUGCAAUUGCCUUGGAGAAAAAACUGCCCGAGUACGAGCGGGCGGAUUCAACUCGCAGCAAGGCGCCCAAAGCGAGCAAGGCUAAAGGUGGAGGAGACCGUCGCGACCAGAAGGACCGCAAGGGCCGUGAGAGGGGUCCUGUGCCGCCGCAAAAGAAAUUAAUGUGCUACGUCUACGAACCGACAAAGAGGGGCACGCUCAGGCUUGUCAACGCGGUUCAGGGGCUAGCAAGCAGUAGCAAGCCCCUCAACAAGGAGCUUCCAUACAUCGAUGUGACCUUUAACGGUAGGGCCACACGAGCAUUGGUGGACACGGGCGCCACUCACAACUUUGUUGCCUUGGUGGAGGCCAAACGGAUAGGCCUUCCCCGUGAGAAGAAUGCUAGCAGGAUCAAGGCCGUCAACUCUGAGGCACAAGCUGUUGCGGGUGUGACCAAGGGCGUAGCCAUUGCGGUGGGACCUUGGAUAGGCACCGCAAACUUCACCGCCGCACCCAUCGACGACUUCCAAGUCAUACUAGGUAUGGACUUCUUGGCUUCAUCGAAUGCGGUUCCGAUGCCACACCUUGGGGCCUUAAGCAUCAUGGAUGAGGAGGCCCCCUGCAUGCCAUCCGCGGUGAGCGACAAGGGCCUCGGGGAGGAGGGCCUUCCUGCAGAGAUUAAGGUGGUCUUGGUAGAUUUUCAGGAUGUUAUGCCGAAGGAGCUGCCUAAGCAACUUCCACCUAGGCGGGAGGUGGAUCACGCCAUCGAGCUCGAGCCAGGAGCCAAACCGCCAGCGAAAGCGCGAUAUAGAAUGGCCCUGCCAGAGCUCGAAGGAGCUUCACGAUGCAGACUUCAUUCGGCCGUCGAAAGCACCUUACAGAGCACCAAUCUCUUCGACCAAUUGGGCGGAGCGAAGACCUUCACCAAACUCGACCUUUGCUCUGGGUACUAUCAAGUGCGGAUUGCGGAAGGAGACGAGGAAAAGACCACGUGCAUGACGAGGUACGGGGCCUAUGAGUUCCUUGUCAUGCCGUUCGGGUUAACGAAUGCACCAGCAACCUUCUGCACACUUAUGAACAAGCUGUUCCAUCCCUAUCUCGAUCGCUUUAUGGUGGUGUACCUCGACGACAUCGUGGUAUACAGCAACACCUUGCAGGAGCACAUCGAGCACUUGCGAACUGGUUUCCAAGUGCUGCGGGAGAACCAGCUGUUCGUCAAGAAGGAGAAGUGCAUAUUCGCGAAGGAAGAGGUGCACUUCCUUGGCCACUGGAUAGGCCAGGGCUUGAUUUGCAUGGACCAACAAAAAGUGCGAGCCAUCUGCGAAUAG